UAGACGGGUGGACCCAGCAAGGUCGGCAGGAAGCCAGGAAGGGAGGGGAUCCGGAGACCAAACGGGUUCUCGCUCGCAUCCGCCGCCCGCGAUCCGCGAACGCUGAGAGGGGGACAGAGCGCGCAAGAUGAGCAGCGGCGGCGGCGACAAGUCCGGCUCGGGUGGCGGCGGCGGGGCGGUGAAGACGCCGUCGGACUUCCUCAAGUCAAUCAGGGGCCGGCCCGUCGUCAUCAAGCUCAACUCCGGCGUCGACUACCGAGGUAUUCUGGCUUGUCUUGAUGGAUACAUGAACAUCGCGAUGGAGCAAACUGAAGAGUAUGUUAAUGGUCAGCUAAAGAACAAAUAUGGUGACGCAUUCAUAAGAGGAAACAAUGUAUUGUACAUCAGUACAUCCAAGCGCACCCUUACAGACGGUUCGUGAGAGGUGAAACUGUUAAGAUCUUCAGUGCCGGUCUUGCAACUUGAUCGAUUAUGAGUGAAUUUUAUGUAUUACUUUCUUUUCCAUUCUCAUCUUCUAUCUGGUGAGCGAAAAUUGCAAAAAUAAAAUCUUAACUGAAAUGAAUUGAUUGGAGUUGUACCGACAGCUAUGCUUAACGUUAGCAUCAUGGAACUCUGUCCACAUAUUGUGCACUCAAGAUAUGUGGUGGUAAUUCGACCUGUAGAGAUACAGAUAAGACUCUGGUGUCAUCAACUAAAAUGUCUGCUAUCUCAAAUAUUUUUGUGAAUCAAAACGAGAUCAGUGAUCUUUGGUUAA